GCGGAUAUAUGUGACAAAGUAAAGAGUGGCUUACUGGGGUGAAGGACUGAAGAAUGGCAGUGAGCACUGAGACAGCAUAUGUCGAUCCAGAGGGUGGUUCUCUGAUGGGACUUGUGUUGCUGGGUCGAAGACAUGCUGGUAAGAGCUCAGUGGGAGACCUCAUCCUCGGACGCAGUGAGUUUGAGCCCGGGAAGAAGACAACUCGGUGUGUGAGGAGAUUCGGCUGGGUGGACGGCGUGAGGCUUGCUGUAGUGGACACUCCGGGCUGGAGUCUCUUCGGUUUGGCUGACGCCAGACUGGUGAAACAGGAGAUCCUGCGCAGUGUGAUAUUGGCCCCUCCUGGAUAUCACAUAUUUCUCCUUGUUGUCCCAGUGGACUCUUUCAGCAAGCGGGACGGACGUGCUAUGGAGAAAUAUCUGGGUGUUCUUGGGGACAUGGUGUGGUCACACACUCUGGUGCUCUUCACGUGGGGUGAUGAGUUAAGAGGCAGGAGUAUUGAAACGCACAUUCAAGUGAACCUUUGCAGGAGAUCCUGA